AGAUCCCAGCCCGGCCCCUUCCAUCCCCCGCCGCUGCCGGCCCCGCUCGGAGCCAGGAAAAUCCCAAAUCCCAUCGAUCCCGCACCGCGAUCGCAACUUUCCCACGCCCGGGAAGCGGCCGCCGGUUCCGCCGGAGGCCGCCCCGGGAGGGGCACAGGAGGGUCCCGUCCCGUCCGCGCCCCCCCGCCCGACCCCGCCGCGCUCCGCCCCCCGCGGGGCCGGGGCGGGACCCGGGGCCGGGCGGAACCCGCCGCCCCCCCGCCCGCGACCAGACGUCCCGGCGGCUGCGAGCGGGGAGCCGGGAUCCCACCGCCCCGCUGCCUGCUGCCGCUCCAUGGCCCCGGCCGCGGCGGUGGACCCCAGCGCCCGCCGACCCCAGGGCGCCGGCCCCGGCGGCCCCGGCCCCGGCGGGAGAGGCACGGCUCGGCGGCCGCCGGAAUUGUGGCUGAGCCAGAGACGAUGACUACAGAGAGCACCGAAUCCAACGGGCCUAUGCGGGAACUGGAGCACGGAGGGCCCAAGGUGCCAGUGCCCCCCGUCCCACCGCGGCGCCGGGGCCGCCGCCUGCGGCGCAAGCCCCCGACGGAGCCCCUGCUGAAAGGACAGCUCCGCAUGCGCUCACCCGCGGGGGCCUUCGUCAUGGUGGGCAUCUCAGUGGUCCUGGUGGGCAUGACCAUUGCUGUGGUGGGCUACUGGCCUCACCGGGGACACGGGGGCACCGGAGCCAGCGCGGGGAACACUAGUGUGGUGGGGGACAUGAGGAGGGAGGUGGUGGCCGGGCGCCACAUGCCCCACAGCGAGAAGCUGAAGCUGAUCGGCCCUGUCAUCAUGGGCAUUGGGCUCUUCAUCUUCAUCUGUGCCAACACAAUGCUGUACGAGAACAGGGACAUGGAGACCCGGCAGCUGAUGCAGAAGGGGCUCUACAGCCUGGCAGUGGGGCUCCCCGAGGGGACCAGUCCUGAGGAUGGGCACUGCCAGCAGGGGGACAGCCAGCCUUUCCCCAAGGCCAAUGCUGAGUGUGUGGAGGGCUGUUACCAGGUGGACCUGUCCUGUCAACCCUGCCCCAGCCUGGGCAGCAAGUGGUCUGACUGCUACGGCCCCAGCCGGCUCCAGGCCAUGGCCGAGUUCUUGCAGCACCCAGCAGCUUCCCCCGUGACCUCUCUCCACAGCCUCCGCUCCACUGAGGUCAACCUGAGCCUCCCGUGCAGCGCUGGAACCGAGUCCCUCCUGUCCUCGGCCGUGGGGGCCUUGACACUGCCCAUCAUCAAACUCAACAACUGCUUGCUGGAUGGGGCAGCACAGGGGGCUGGCAGGAGGGCAGAGAGGGGCCCUGCUGAGCAUCCCCCCAAAACAUCACAGCUCUCCCGGGCUCCGCUUUCCAUCGGUGACAGCACUGCAUCAUGCAGCCAGGACGGUGAUGGUGGUGGUGGUCCCGUUGUCAUCAACAUGAAUGACAGCUGUCCUGGCACGGAGCCGCUGGUGGAGCUCAGCCUUGAUGUGCACCUCCACACCCCAGGACACUCCAAAUCUCUGGACCUUGGCCGGCCAGGGGUGCUGCUGGUGGCCCCCAUCAAGGACCGUAAGAACCGGAGCUGGCCCCGGCUGGACCACGUCAGCCUCGUGGGCUACGCCAAACUGGAGAGUACUGGCGAGUCCUCAGACCAGCUGCUGGAGCCCAGCGAGCCCCCAGGCCAGAGCAAGCCCCCACCCAGCUCCUGGGUGGUGGGGAUGGAGCAGGGCACACAGGUCUGAUGUCCCCAGCACCUUUGGGGACUGUAACAUCCCAGUCCCUCAUCCUGACCCCCAGCACGCACCAGCGACCCCAAAAGCCCACAUCCAGGAGGGGUUCUGGGGGCAGCAUUUUUAAGCCAAUGCCAAGAGGAAAGCCCUGACUCUCUGCUCCUGGGUGAGGACUCGCCUAGGUGGGAUGUCCUUCCAGGUGGAUGCCCUUGGCCUUACAAGACCUUCUCCUCAUGGCUUUUCCAGAGGAGUCCUCACUUUGAGACCCCACACAAAUUGUGGGAUAGGGACAUGGGGGCAGGUGAAGCCCCACCAGCCCCCACAGAACUUUAUCUCAGCAGGUUUGGGGUGGGGAGAUGCUUUGGGGGGGGUGGUGUCCCCUUGUCCAGCCUCAACCCACCAGAAAAUUUGCUUGGCCAGAGCACGUAGGCCCAACGGGGCUAUUAAAUAUUACCUGGAUGUCAUGUGUUCCUGCCUUGCCUAUGGGAUGCUUGGGAGGGGCGGCACCUGUGGCAGUCUGUCCAGAAGGUCUGUGAGACAUUGUGCCCCCACCAAGACUCCACUGGAGAAGGGAUGCUCCAUAACCAGCUGCUCAGCAUUCAGAGGAUGAGGUGAUAAGUGCAUUUAUGGAGAGAAGGGAUGUAAAAGGUGCCCCAGUAAUUGCAGGCAGUGAGCAAGGUGCUGCUGCCCACCUGGAGUGCAGCAAUUCUGAGAGCCUCUCAGUGGACCUGGGUUUGUUUGUGCUGAUUUUUGGUGGGAUGGAGGAUGCAGGUGGUGGGAUGGAGGAUGUGAAGGGGCAGAGAGGUAGGGGAUUUUAGUGCUGGUUUUGCCAGAUCCUUUAGUGUGAUUCUGUUAUUUGGUGCCUGUUGGAUGAGGAGCAGGAGCUGUAUGGGAUGAGGCCAGAGAGGCAGCCUCAGCACUGGGAUAGAUUCCUGAAGAAAAGGGAGCUGGGGGUGUAUCCCAUCCCUUCUUAUUCCCUCCAGCUCUCUCUUGGGCAGGAGGAGCCCCGGGAUGCCAGGGCAUGUGGAAGGAUGGAUUGGAACUAUAGGACUAGGACAACUCUGCUCUCCAGCAGCUCAGGAGGCUUCAAAAUGGCUGAAGCAGCCUAGAUGGGAUCUUUGCCUUUUGCCUUCCCAAAACCAGGGCCUCUUGGGAUGGCUGAAAUCUCUUUUAUCUGUAUUAAAUGUUUGGGGGCGGGAGGUGGGGAGGUUAUUCCUGUCUCUGCUUCUCUCUCUCUGGUCUGAAGUGAACACAGAGUGUCAGACCUUGCAAACUUUGGGAGCAACGUCCUUCUCCAGAUCAAAACAUCCCAGUAAAAUCAUUUGGAAAUUGCUUUUUCUACGCCAGCCCCCUCCUCCCAAAAAACAGCCCUCCACAAUGCAUUGAUGGGGGGGUUCUGCUUUACAGGUAAAAGCUGUCUCUGUUUCUAGUGCCGGCCGUCCCAGAGAGCUUGGGUACAGCUUCCUCUGUGCAGGGACCAGAGAUGGGAUCGACAGCUGCGAUUUGGGCCCAGUAGCAUCCCAGAGAAUUCUCUGGGAGUGAUACCAGCCCAAGUUCAGCUAUUUAUUUGGCUGCUUAAUCUCAAUGUUAUUUAGGCACUGAUUCAAUGCAAUAAACAGCAACAAGAAGAAGUCACCAUUGGGGUCUGCCCUGGAGCAGCAUCACAGGGGAAGUGCCAGAAGAUUGUUUUUGUCCAAAAAUAACUUUUUACUUGGGCUUAACCAUCUGCUCCCAGAGCUAAUGCCAGUCCCUGGGCUGUGCUUUGGGAACUGGCAGCAAGGAAUUGGAGCCCAAAAUGCCACAAGGAGCUGCACAAGAAGCUACUGGGGGUGUUUGUUUUAAUUUUUCCCCUUCAUUUUUUGGCUGAGGCUCAGUCUAACUGUGGGAAAUGGCUGAGCCACAGGGCAACCUGCAUGGACCAUGUACCUGCACCAGCAUCAUCCUCCUGCCCCAUCCUCCUUCUCACUCAGCGGCAUCCUCCAGGGGAGGCAUUUCUGAGUCACACAGAGAUCAUUUCAAAAUGCAAAGCAGCUUGAUUAAUUAAUCUGGCAGGGUGAGAAGCACUGUGCCUUCUCCAGGGAAGAGCAGCAUCUGUGCAUCCCUCACCUUCGGCUCCAUCUGUGGACACUGUUCCCAGAGUAUUUGUGGGAUAUUAACAGUGAUGGUUUCAGUGGAUGGAUGCCAUGUAUGCUGUCCUCACAGUGUUCUGGGAAUGACCUGGGCAGGGUGAGGUUAGAAACAGAAAGUAAAAGAGAAAGUAAAAAUGUACACCCUGGAUGGAUCCCUCCGUUGACUGCUUGGCUGCAGCGUUGUGAAGUGGAACAAUCCUGGAAGCCCUGGAGAUGCCACACUGCGCAGCCUGUGAAGGGCAGUGCUUGGUGGUACCUUCUGUCCUGCUCAGAAACAGGCUAGAUACACUGUGGACUAAAUAUCCAGCUGUCAUCACCCCCGGGCUAUCCCACCCCAGGAGGUGGCCACUGCAGGAGGAGAUGCCCACCAACAGAAGGGGUAUUUCAUCAUAAACACCAGCAAAAGAAAAUUGGGGGAUGGUUCCCAACACCAGUAUGUCCAGGCUGACAAGGACUGACCCGGGGGCCCCUUGGACCUGAGGAUGGAAGCUGGAGAGACCAAGGGCAAUUGCAGUUAUCCCCCCCACCAAGAGACCUCUCAGCUAGUGCAUGGCUACAGGACAGCUUAGUUUGGGCCAAAAAUUGAUAAAAUGGGGAAAAUGGAUUGAGAGAACCACUACCACAGGUUGUGUGUGGGAGAUGUGCCGUGGGGAGCUGCAGACCCUGUCGGUGGCUGUGAGAGGGUCUCCUGCUCGGGGACACCCCAGUAGUGCCAGUGGGUCUCCAGAUUCACUGCUGGGAUACCUCUGUCUCCAGGGAGGACAACAACCACAGAUGGGGACAAUCACUCCCUGAUACUGCUCAGCCGUUGGCUGGUUUGCAGCUCCUUCUCCUCUUCUUCCUCUGCCUCCUCCUCCUCCUCCUUUCCCCGCAGUGGGGCUGGUCACAGCCAUGAAUCUGCUUGGCCGGAGUGCCUUUCCUUAAGAUUUAAGGUCUGUGUGAAGGCCAGGGCUCCGCUCCCAGUGCGCACUUGCAGUACAGCCAGGAGUGAGUGAUCUCGGCCAUAAAUCUCCUGCCGAGGUGUCAGGAAGAUGACACGUAGGGGACGGUGUGACCUGUGCUGGUUGAGUGUGGCUUUUGCCCUCCAUGGCUAAAGAGGGGCAGUGUGAUGAGUGCAGGUAUGCUCCCCGGGUCUGUAACACCCUCUCCCUUUUGGCAGGGGGCUGAUUUCUAUUUUAAAAAAGGGCAAGAGUGUGAUACAAAAUCCGUCUUUGCGUUAAUGAGCCAGCACUGAGCCAAAGGCACCCAUCCUAGUGCUUCCUGGUACCCAGGGGAGCUGGAACGGGGCUGGAGCUGGGGUGGGGUUGGGAGUAGUUGCUUAACUUAUGUUUAAUUUUUUUUCCUGUGGGUUUGGAGGCAUCCUGUAUAGGUUCUCUGAUACCCAGGGCUCUGCAGAUUAAUCCUAUUGUAGAAAUGAGCUGAGCAAUGUGGGAUGGAUUGCCCUGGGGCUGGUCCUGGGUCAAAAGCCAGAAUUCCCUCAGUGUUGUCACCAACUGUGUGAUGUGUCCUGGCAGCUGAGUACUGGCAUGGGGCUGGAGCCCAAAUCUCUGGGGCUUUGGCUUGGAGCCCAUCAGGGACCACUGCCCAUGCUGGGGGCAAAAAGCAAAAGAUGCCCAUGAAUCUGCAGUAGUCUGCACUGGUGCUUCCUUGGGUGGUUUGGGACGGAGCAGGAAUGAAUCCAAGGCCAUUGACCCAGCUACUGCAGGACCUGCGGUGAUUCCCCACCUUGUUUUGGCUAUUCUUUUGUGCCUCAGUUUCCCCAGUGAUAGAGCUCAGAGCUGAGCUCAGCAUGUCCAGCCUGGUCCAUUGCCAACAUAAUUCCUCCCUUCAAUCCUGUUUACCUCAGAUCCUGGGCUCUCCCAGCUGGAAGGGAUGGAGUCACCCCGCUGCUGUCUGGCUCCCACAGCAAUUCCCCCUGGAGCCCUGAGAGCAGCCCUGAUCCUCCAGGAACACGACUGGCUGCUGAGCCCCAAAACCAGGAGGAACAGGCAAAACACCACAGGCAACAUUACCACACCCCCUCCUGCUCUGGCUGUGAGGUGGAUAAAGGCACCCUGGGUUUGAGACACUCCCCAGAGGGUCUUUGGAAAGCUUUAAGGUAAAGCCUUUCCAGUCUCCUGGGAUGGCCCCAGACUGCUGAGCAUCGAGGUGGGUGUUUGCUGUCCCUGCGCUUGUAUUGUGGGGAAAUAAGCUGAGGACACUUUUCCCCUGGGCAUUUUGGAUGGGGUUCCAGUGUCACCUGUGCUGGGGUGUCCCUUCACUAGUGAUGGCAACAGUCCUGCCCAGCAAAGCACCAUGGUUUGGGUGAAUGGGCAAUAUGGGACCAUAUCCCUGGUGCCACUGACGUCCCUGCAGUGUCCAGGACAGGGAUGUGCCAGAAGCCCCUUGGGAACCAUCAGCCCCAUGUGCCCUCCCUGUGGGAGUCCCAAGGCUGAGGAUGGUGUUUCUGCCAGCACUCACUGGUGCAGCCCAGCACAACCCCAUAUUGUUGUUACAGCUGGUAGCUGUGGGACAGACUGGGACCCAAAGGAGCUUGACAGAGCUUGGAGCUGCUCUCCAGGUGAUGCUCAAUAGGGCCAAAAGUGGCAGCAGAUGAUGAUGUCUUGGCUGUUGAGCAGGGGACCGACAUCCCAAAGUGCAGCUAAGCAAAAGGAUGAAGCCGUUUCUUGGUUGGCUGUCCGCAGACAUGAUGCUUUUAGGGCUGUGGUUCUUACCCAGCCAUGACCCCUCACACCAGUGCAUUGUCUGAAGGUGUUGGGACCUCUCCAAGCCCCAACUCCCUGGAACAGGGCUGUUUUCAGCAUGAUCCUGCUGGGCUGGGGAAGGCAGGAGCCUGGGAGAUAACAGGACCUGGCUCUGCCACAGAGCAGUGAGUGAGUCAUGUUGCUGUGACACUUACAGGAAAGCAGCUCCAGUGGCAGGUUCCCAGCUCUCCAGGGUCAGGUUCUGAGGCUCCAAAUCUCCCUCACUGAGAUUUAGUACGUGGAAGCAAACUGUCUAGGGUCAGGGUGGAAGCGGCGAUGGCUGUGUCUGGAGCAAUGGGAAUUCAGAGCUUUUAGCAGGACAUGCCAUGUGCCACCCUUCUCUUUCUGUUAGGGAAGCCAAGGCAUAGGGAGGUACCACAGCCAGCCCCUGGGCUGCCCCUGCCCCAGCCAAUUUCCAGUCUCCAGCUGCCCUAACUGGGCCAUCUGGCUCUUGUUCUCUGUCAGGCCUGCAGCCAAGAUGCCCUGUCAGCUUUUUGUGCCUUAUUUCUGUCCCUCCUAAAGCAGCUGCAGCCAGAAAAAAAAUUAGAUAGGACCAAAAUAUCGAUGGAUUUGACAUUUCCCCCCACUCCAGUUGAGUCACACUUACUUAGGGUUGGGCAGUAGCUGCUGAGCACAGACCUCACCUGGGCUCACCACAAAUUUCUCAGCUCAAAGGAAGGUUUCAUAUCAAGUGAUGCUUCUUUGGGGCAAACUUGAACUCUGGGAAUUGCUUCUGGCCCUUCUGGGGGCUUUGAUCCCACAUGUGACUACAAUGGGAACUGUUUAAAGGGUCUGAAGGCACCAAGAGCCCAGGGAAAUGCUGGCCCAGGGCUGGGAGAGCUUUGGCACCAUUGUAGCUACAUUUGGGGGCUUUGGUUUAGGCUGGUAAAACCAAGUCACCACAAAGCCAGGCUAAGGAGAGAGACCUGGAGGAGGAGGAGGAAGAGAAUUCAGCACACCAGGGAGAGAGUUUUGUUUGAAGAUUUAUUGAAAAAUGCAAUACAAGAAGCAAUACUGAACACUUAGGUCUGCCUAAACACUAUGGCAACUUUCCCUUUGAUUCACUAUGAAAAUCCAAAAUAACAGCUCCCAUCACUAGUUGAUCUAGAAAGUUUUGCCAAAUUUAAAAGUUCCUAUUUUUAUAAAGAGUUGUAAAUGCCUAACCUAGACAAUUCACAAUUGCCUUAAAAUUUUUUUACAAAGCUCCUUCAUCUUCUCAACUGAAUUUUUUUUUUGUUUGUUUUUUACAAGUUUCAUCUCUAAGGCGGGGACGCUACCACCUCUUAAGGUAAUUGUACAAUUAGGAAAAUCAGCAAACCACAGUUUAUUAAAAUCAGAAAUCAGUCAGUCCUUUGCUAACACAUCUCUGUUGGUCAGGGAUUGCUAUUGGGCAUCUGGAGCUGCCAUUCCAAUUUAGUGGAGAAGAACAAGAGCUCCUUGCCUUCCUUUCUAUAAAAACAUUCAUUCAUAUAUAAAUAACUUCCAUAUAAUGCAUAUUAUACAAUCAAGACAGUCUCUGGGUGAAUUUGUGGAGUGGGAAGAGCUGGGAACAUUCAUAUAAAUAGACCUUACUUAGCUGGUUUGUCCCUAGAGCUGACACAGCACGCUCAGAGCCAAGGAUUUUAAAUCCCACCAGAGGUGGAAGGGGAGUGGGCAGCCCCACCAUGGCCUUGGCUGAGGGAGAGAGAAGCUUCUUCUGCUUUUAACUUGUAUCUUCUUUCCAGGCUCCUGUCCAGCUCCUGGGCUUGGGCACCAUGUUGGCAGGAGCGGGGCUGGAAACCCCAGAGGUCAGACAGCAGGUGAUGGCAAAGGGCACAUGAGGCCAUGACUUGUCUGAAUUACUCCAUGAGAAGCAAGAACUCAGCAGGGGGAAGUGUGAAAAUGGACAACCUGGAAACAGCCACCCAAAAUCCAAGGAAAAAAUAAAAAUAGGGUUGUUCUAGUCUACAGGCCCUUUAAGAAGGGACAUCUGCAGCGACAGUGAGCACAUCCUUUUGGAAAGGAACCACCUCUCCUGCCAGCAGGUUUCUCACCCCAGAAAUCCCCUGCUUGGGGUGUUUUGUCCCAUUCAUCAUGCUCAGGGCAUGGGACACCCCAAGGGAACACCCACGGACCACAUUCCCCUAAAUUCUCCUGACAGCCAAGUGCCUUUAAGUGCUAUGGACAAACUUAAUUUAUCAUGCUGGCUCUGCCUGGUAAAGCCCAGAAAUCCUCUCAGCCACUGCUCCAUGUGCCCCUUAAUUCUUCAGGUGUCUGUUACAAAUGAGAUGGAAGGACUGAGCAGCAAAGAACUCAAUUUCCAGAAAAAGGACAGUGACCAAGGGUGCUCAGCAUGAUGAGUGUUUAAGGCAAGCAUUACCCAACCAAGCUGAGGACAGCAGAGACACAGGCCUCUUCCAGGGCCUGUGUGGCAGAAUAAGGAGGGAAAGGGCUUUUCAGACAUGGAUAGGACGACUUAAUCUCUGCACUAUAGCCCAGGACUCCCUAAAUCCCCAGAGCACGAUGCCCUGAGGGAGGCAGAGCAUCCCGGGAGGGAAACCUGCACCAGAGCAGCCCAGAGGCAGCUGCCAGCACGGAAAGGCUGGAGGCUGAGCAGGACCCAGGGCCAGCAAGGCUCAGAGAGAGCCAAAAUCCAGCAGCUCCAGUAGAGUCGCCAAUCAAUACUGACAGCUUAAUAAAAAUUGCACCUGAAGCUGAGAAGCUGCACCAGCCCCAGUGUAGUUCCAGGGCUGGCUGCAGCUAAACAGUGCAGUCAUUGCAGCCUGAGCUAAACCCAGUGACUUCUGAAAUACAUGAUUCAAAUUUAAAAAUGGAGAGCUUUUCUCUUUAUUGCCUUUUUUUUCCCAUCCUCACCUGAGGAGCAGAGCACUCCUUGCCCUCAGCUACCACUGUGCCACACUAUAUAUAUAAAUAUAUAUAUGUAUAUGUAUAUUUAUACAUGAAAAAAAAAUAAAUCACAACCUCAAGUGGACUAAAGUGUUCACAAGUGUCUGGGCAGACUCUUUACAGAGCUUGGUUGGUUUUUUGCUUCUUGAAUUUAAAUGGUGGAAGGACAAACCAGGCAAGAACAUUCCCAUGAAGCUUAGAGAGCACAAAUGGGAGCACAUCCAGCCCCUGAAAUAAUGUUUUUGCAUCUCCCCUUCUGUGCUGGAGUCUGUAAGCUCAGCCUCAAGACUCAGACAAUCACUCUGAUAUUUCAUUCCAGCAACGGGGUCAUGAAGCCAAAUCCAGACCCGCAGGCCAGUAGACCAGUUUGGAAGAGGGAAUGUCAACACUUCCCAUGUGGUUUGGCUCUAUCACAACCAGCAACACCUGACACCUCCUAAAAUUCCUUGUUCAGCCCCUCCAAAUACAGCUUGCAGGCCUAGAAAGGAUUGUCUAAAGGAAUUAAAAUUAAAUGAUAGCAGGAUACAUGCUCUGAGAAAUGGGUAACGUGUUCAGUUUUAAAUAGCACUGUGAGGGAGGAAAAAACCCAACCCAUGACUUACAAAAAAAAAA